AUGGCUGGUGGCUACGGGUCGGUAGACGCCAGUAAUUGCACAGAGGUAACUCCCGAGUGUCCAGUCAGUGCCACCUUGUAUGGAGACUACUUCAGUACCGGGGCAUGCGCUCUCUUCGUCGCCCUAUACGCUAUCUUGAUCUUCUGCCAGCUGGGCUUUGGCUGGCGAUCGAAAACUUGGUCUUACACUGCAUACCUCCUCGCCGGUUCCGUCUUCGAGCUCAUCGGAUACAUCAGUCGUGUUCGCAUGUCCCUCAACCCCUUCAUCAGCAACGCCUUUAUCCUGAAGAUCCUCUUCCUCAUCUUGGCCCCGACCGUCAUCGCAGCUGCUAUCUCGCUGACGUUCAAGCAUCUCGUUUUGUACCAUGGCACUCAAUAUUCCACUAUCCGACCGAAACUAUACCCUUGGACUUUCGUAGGGUCUGACUUUGUCUCUAUUAUCAUUCAGGGGAUUGGAGGCGCGGUUGCGGCAUCGGCGAGCACUGGCGAUAACCCAGACCCUAAGCGGGUAGAUCUCGGAAACAACCUCUUGAUCGCUGGUGUAUCGUUUCAGGUGGUCAAUAUGGUCGUCUGCGGCGUCUUGAUGCUGAUUUACAUCUACCGAUAUCGAAAUGUCCGUAAGCUGGCCACGUAUACCGUCGACUGCGGUGAGGACGGCAUUAUCUCGACCGACUCUCCUACAUCGCACAGGACACCUCAGUCCGACAAGCGAGUCAAGAAGUUCAUCUACUCCAUAACAAUAGCCUACAUCGCCAUUAUCAUCCGCUGCAUCUACCGCAUCCCAGAAAUGGCGUCCGGAUGGGGCAGCAGUAUCAUGCGGAACGAAGCAAUCUUCAUGGUCUUUGAUGGUGCCAUGAUACUCCUCGCUGUCAUUCUUCUCACGACCGUCCAUCCGCUUUGGUUCUUCAUCUUCCUUAGCGUUAAGCAUCCUGGGUUUGUUCUCCCAAAGAAUGAGUCCAGAAACCGCUCCGUCGAGAUGGAAUGA